AUCAGGUCUCACUUGCCUGCAGAGGAAGCAGGCGUCCUCUGGAGCCCCUUCCUCUGAGCCUGACGAUGGGAAAGCACCCUGCUGCCUGCAUCCUGUCCAGGCAUCUGUCUGUGCAGGCUUGUCCAGUGGGAGGCAGCACCAUGACCAUCACCUUUAUGGUUCUUCUCUGCCUUGGACUGUGUCUGAGCCAGAUGACCUAUGUGCAGGCAGAGACGCUGCCCAUACCCAUCAUCUGGGCAGAGCCAGAUCCUGUGGUGGCCCAGGGGAAGCCUGUGAGCAUCUGGUGUCAGGGAUCUCAGAAUGCUGACCAGUACUGCCUGUACCGGGAAGGGUUCCCAGAGCCCUUGAGGAGGGAGUUUCCCCUGGGACCCAGCAACAAGGCUAAGUUCCCAUUCCCACACAUGACCUACCACCUUGCUGGUCGCUACUCCUGCUUGUAUCGCAGACAAACAAGCUGGUCAGUGCCCAGCAAGCCUCUGGACUUGGUGGUCACAGGAAUGUUCAACAAACCCAGCCUCUCAGCCCUGCCUAGCCCCAUCGUGACCUCAGGAGGGAGCGUGGCCCUCCAGUGUGGCUCAUGGCAGGAAUUUGAUGGGUUCGUUCUGUGCAGCAAAGAAGGAGAGGGCCACCCCAGGCACUUGGACUCACAGCACCAAGCUGAUGGGUGGUUCCAAGCGCUCUUCACCGUGGACCACGUGAGCCCAAGUCACAGGCAGACUUACAGGUGCUAUGGUUAUUUCUCGAGCUCCCCCUUUGUGUGGUCUACCUCCAGCCACGUUUUGGAGCUCCUGAUCUCAGGUGUGUCUAGGAAACCAUCCCUGUCAGUCUUGCCAGGGCCCGUGGUGGCUCCUGGGCAGAGCCUGACCCUCCAGUGUCACUCUGAUGUCGGCUACGACAGAUUCGCUCUGUCUAAGGAGGGCGCAGGUGACCCUCCCCAGCGGCUUGGCUGGCAGUCCCAGGCUGAGCUCUCUGGGGCAGAAUUCCCCCUGGGCCCUGUGAGAUCCUCCCACGGGGGCCGGUACACGUGCUACGGCGGACACACCCUCUCCUUUGAGUGGUCGGCCCCCAGUGAACCCCUGGACAUCCUGGUCGCAGUCCAGCUCCCACAGGGGCCACCUCCCACCCUGUCUGCGCAGCCGGGCCCCGCCGUGGCCGCAGGAGAGAAUGUGACCCUGCGGUGUCAGAGUGCCAGCUUCUUUGAUGCGUUCCUUCUGUCCAAGGAGGGAGAGGCUGGGCCGCCCCUGCACCGCAGGUCUCAGCACCAAGGUGGGGAAUUUCAGGCGGACUUUCCCUUGCGCUCCGUGACUCUGGACCGCGGUGGGACUUACAGGUGCUAUGGGUCACUCAGCAGCACCCCUUUCCUGCUGUCGCACCCCAGCGACCCCCUGGAGCUCGUGGUCACAGGGGUUCCUGUUGCUGUCACCUCAUCACUGCAGACUCCAGACUCCACAAGUGCCCCACGCCCAGAUCACACGCUGGAGAACCUCAUCCGAGUGGGUCUGUCUGCACUGGUGCUGGUGGUGCUAGUGGUGUUGGUGUUUCAGGCAUGGCACAGCCAGACAGGUUCCCAAGGUGAAACCAAGAGGUGCUUCCUGCAUGGCUCCUCCCCCAACAUCAGCACCUGGAAUCAGCACUCUCCCAUGUGAGCCUCUGGUGCUUUCCUGUGUGACUGUUAGUGAUGAUGGCUCUUUCAGGGCUGUGGUGCCAAUUAAAUGAGAUUGUGAAUUCCAAGAUGAUAGA